AUGAGUGGCAGGCGGCUGACCGCCGCCCGCGGUAAGGUCCUGUUUGAUGCGUGGAAGAAGUGGGAAGCGCGGAAUAAGGAGGCCUACGUAGAACUUCGCGAAGCAAUGGCGGAGCUGCGAUCGAUUAGGGACGAGCUGCAGACUGCCAGAGGAGAGCUACAAUGUGUCAUAUGCGGUUUUCGCCCAAAGUGGCCUGGGCUCGCAAGAACGCCACUCGAGGGCAGUUACGCCGGGCAACGCGACGCUGCCGAGCCGCAGCAAAGAAAAGACAGAAGCACGGAGCUUAGCCCGACAACGCAGCAGCAUAUGCGAACAAGAUGGUUGCAGUAG